AUGGUGGGGGAGCGAAGGAGAGGUCGUGGAAAGAUCGAGCUGAAGAAGAUAGAGAAUGAGGAGGAUCUUUUUAGUACAUUCUCAAAACGAAAAGGAAGCAUAUACAAAAAGGCUAGUGAGCUAGUAACGUUGUGUGGUGCCCAAGUUGGCUUUGUGAUUUAUUCACCAGCAGGGACUCCUUUCUCUUUCGGCCAUCCAUCUUUCAAAACAAUUGCCAACGAGUUUCUUGGACGAGACCCUCCAGAGAAUGAUCAACCCAACCCUCUCUUGGAAGAGAAUCGACUCGCCAGGAUUCAAGAACUGACCCAGAAAAUGGACAAUCUGAUGACCCGACUGGAUCAAGCGAAGAAGCGUGAGAAGGAGUUGUUGAAUUUGUCAAAGAAUACCAAAAAGAAAGGCAAAAGUAUCAUUAAUUUAGAUGUUGAUAAAAUUGACAGUCUUGAAGAGCUCAAGCAAACGGUUGCUUCUUUGGAGGAACUCUAUCCAAAGCUCUGUGCACAAUUUCAAGAGCCAUCGACCUCUACAAGGGAUGAUACUCCUGCUGAGGUGACCAAUCCUCCUCCAGCUGAUGCUGCUGCUACUGCAACUCCUCACAUCAACCCAAAUGCUGCAGUUCCUCCUGGUUUGAUCAACUGAUGAUGAAGAGUUUUC